UUUUAAAUAGGAAAAAAAAGGGUUAAAUACCAUUUUUGGCACUUUCUGGCUAGCACUUCCGCCACUACUGCCACCAUUAACUGGCGUUCCAGAAAAGAAACCCCAAAGCCAGAGAGAUGGCUCUACUGUUCACCAUCAUGACUCCUCCCACUACUCGUCUCUCUUUUCAUUCAUCUUCAACUUCUUCGGCGUUUGCUCACUCAUUCUCCAGGUUUUGCAACGAUCCCAUUGCUUGGCAACCAAAAUCACAUAUCAGUUACUAUAUUCGAGCACCCUUUAUCUUCAAAGAGAGAAGUGUCUUGAUUGCUAAGGCAGCUUCUGAUAUUGAUAGCGGGGAUUCUGAUAAUCUGGAGAGCGAUGAGGAAAGUUUGUCUGUUGAUAACCUGCCAUUGGAGUCUAAGCUUCAGCUGAAGCUUGAACAGAAGAUGAAAAUGAAGUUGGCAAAGAACAUCAGAUUACGAAGGAAGAAACUUGUCAGGAAGCGCCGCCUUAGGAAGAAGGGGAGAUGGCCACCUUCAAAGUUGAAGAAGAACAAGAAUGUGUAGUCUUUACCACACAAUUCACCUUUUUGUAACCUUGACAUCAAUGUCUUCAACUUGUAAAUAAACAAAUAAGGAUUAAUUAGCUUCUGCUUUUUUA